CGAAAACCUUAUCCACUCGUCUCUCUCUCACCAUUUCCACGAGCAGAGGGACACAGCAAUGGCGGGCGAUCCCGUCCGCUUCGGCAUCAUCGGGUGCGCCGGGAUUGCGCGGAAGCUGUGUCGAGCCAUCGCUCUCGCCCCGAACGCCACCCUCCACGCCCUCGGCAGCCGCUCCGUCGCGGAGGCCCAGUCGUUCGCCGCCGUGAACGGCCUCCCCGGCUCCGUCCGGCUGUACGGGAGCUACGGCGCCGUCCUGGACGACCCGCUCGUCGACGCCGUGUACCUCCCGCUGCCGACGAGCCUGCGCGCGGCCUGGGCGGUCGCGGCCGCGAGGAAGGGGAAGCACGUGCUCCUGGAGAAGCCGGCGGCGGCCGACGCGGCGGAGCUCGACCGGAUCCUGGAGGCGUGCGGGGCGAGCGGGGUCCAGUUCAUGGACGGGACCAUGUGGCUGCACCAUCCGAGGACGGCGAAGAUGAUGGAGAUCGUGUCUGAUCGUGGGCGGUUCGGAGAACUCAAAUGGAUCAACAGCGUCUCCACGUUUGCGCCGGAUCAGGAGUUUUUCGAGGAUAAUAUUCGGAUGAAGCCUGACCUGGACUCUCUCGGCGCGCUCGGCGACUUGGGCUGGUAUUGCAUCGGAGCCUUUCUAUGGGCCGCGGGUUACGAACUACCGUCUGCUGUGUCCGCCCUUCCUGAUGUUACCCGCAACUCGGCCGGAGCCAUCCUGUCGUGCUCCGCCGUGUUGUACUGGGGUUCGGCGCAUGAAACGGCCGCGACGUUCCACUGCUCGUUCCUCGCCCACGUGUCCAUGGAUUUGGCAGUCGUCGCUUCGAAUGGGUCGCUGCAUCUCAAGGACUUCACGAUACCGAUCGAGGAGGGUUCUGCUUCGUUCGAAUUCACUCCCAGUGCUAAAUUCGUGGACCUCCAUAUAGGGUGGAGUGUGAAGCCGGAGAAGGUCCUUGUCCCCACGGAGCUUCCUCAAGAGGCCUUGAUGGUUCGGGAGUUCGCGAGCCUUGUUCAGGGCAUUCGGGAUUCCGGGUGUUCCCCAGAGAGCAAAUGGCCUGAAAUCAGCAGAAAGACGCAGCUAGUCCUCGACGCAGUAAAGAAGUCCAUAGAUGGAGGGUGUAUACUUGUUCACUUGUAAUCAUGUCAAUGAGGAUUUGCUCUUAUUUGUAA